CCUUGAGCAGCCCUGGUGAUACAUUAUGGGCAGGAGGGAGCAAAACUGACGCUGUUUCUCCUUUUAUCUAGUUCUGUCAGAGCAGGCUCCAGGCAGGGCUUCCUGCAUGGGAUUUCUGGCCUGUUUGUGUCAGAAGCUAGACAAGAUGACCUUGAGUUCUUCUAUCUUUAAGCUUCCCCUGGGAGCGGUGUCUAAACAGCAAUGGGCAGCUGGGCAGGAUCCAGUCCCAGGAAAUCCAUUUUGUAAGUAGCCGAAGGAGCGUUGCUGAGUCCGUGCUGCACACGGGGACAGGGUGCUCUGCUCUCGGUCAGCUCCACGCACACCUGAACUCCUGCCUGUGAAUAACGUAGCACCAAAUGCAUGAGACGAGGGGGGUUUGCUGAGCAAACUCACCCUGCGGUAGUCAAGCUGCUCCCGAGUGGGAAGCAGGCCCCGCGGGAAAAACUGCGUUUGUUUGUUAGCCAAAGAUCUCUUUCCCACUCUGCCAGCCUGCCACAGUGAAACAACUGGAAUGAGCUGCUCCAACUUACUAGAAAUGUCAAGCUUACUUGCUUUGUUUAGAGCAUCAGAGAUUUUGCCUUGGUUAGGGUCAAAUUCUGCUGCUGUUUACACCCUAAAUUCUGUUAAUAUCAGCACAUUUGGGGCAUUCAUCAUUUCUGCUCUGUAUGAUGUGCACAAUACAAGGUAGUGGAGAGUUGGGCCCAAUGGGGCAACAGUUUCCCAAUGUAAUUCUGGUGGCCUUAUCCUAAGGAGCAUAGCCGAUGCCUAGAGUCAGGCUGGUGGGAGAAAAUUGUCUGUGAAGGUGCGAUGGCCUUGCGGAGACAAGAUUCUGCCUAAAUGUAGUUCUGACCCUUGGAUAUCUGUUCAAAUAUUUGUGUAGUGCAACUUCUGAAUAAAGAAUGUGGUCAGUCUUUCUCAGUAACUGCAAGCCGCACUCGUCAAGAGCUGCCGACUCACUUGGCUAUCCAGAGAGCAGACCCUCGGAGCACUGUCUUUACCAAUCUGUCAUCCUUCCUGUGAAUCUCACUAGCAUAUUUUGGUGUAGAUGGCGAAACACCAAGAGUUAUAAUUUACCCCUGUAACAAUCAUGAGAGGAUGCAAGUGCCUGGAGGGUCCUUCUCCUUGGCUCAACUAUUGACACCUGUGUGGUCACUGGAAGUCCAUUUCUUUCAGCAGCUCUUCCACUGCUAAUUAGGAGUAGAUUUGUGUCACUGCUUCAAGGGAAGCCCGAGGGUCAGCUCACUGCAAAGUGCUAGGUCUCACCACUCUGCCAAAUAUUGUCUUCCUGAUGAGAUGGGAAACCAAAGGCCACGGUGCUCAGGUAGUGCGGUACAGACCAGUAAUGUCACCUUCCAGGUUGAAAUGCAUUUUGAGUUACUACUUUGCAAUUGAGAGUUUGUGAUCCUGUUGGACUGAGCGUGUGGGCCCAGAAUCACAGUUAUCAGUACUGCUGGCGUCUCUCCCUGCAAACAUGUUCUUGUGAGCAGCGUCAGCUCCCACUUCUUGGAAGACUUGCUCAAUGAAGCCUCAGCUUCCGGUGACAUGCAGCAAACUUGCAGGAAGGCCUCGUGUGGGAGGUGUCCCUGGGAUGAGCCUGACCCUUAUCGUGCCAGCCAGCUGCAAGGGGAUUAUCCGGGAGCUCGGCUAUGCAGCUGCAAACACUCUAGCGCUGGCUGGACAGCCGUAAGACCUUCCUCUUGUGUUGUAAAGCCAUCCAGAAAACAAGGAUUGAACUACUCAGACCUCUCGCAUCUCCUGUAAAGGACACCAAAUUCACCCAACUUUAGAAACUCAUCCUCAGAACAAACCAACCAAAGACCUGGACUGUGGCGUCAGUCCUAGUGUGUGUGGUGCCUACUUGCCUGGUCUCCACCUCAUCCAGUCUCAUCAAAGGAGUGUUUGCAGGUGAAGAUGAACAGUGGAAUUCUCUUCUUGUCCCUCCUGGGCUUCCUCCCACUCGUGAUGCCCAUAUGCCCUGUGCCAUGCAAGUGUGCCACCAACAUUAUUGACUGCACAUCAAAAGGCCUAACUGUAGCAAAACUACCAGUUACUUUCCGCCCUUCGGCUGAAAUUAUCCACCUUGGUUACAACAGGCUCACCUCUAUUCCCAAUGGGCUCUUUGACAACCUAAAGAGCCUCCAGGUAGUCUACCUGCAGGGCAACCCUUGGGAAUGCAACUGUGACAUCCUCUACUUGCGCUCCUGGCUCCAGUGGCAGCAGAACCGGACCAUGUACAGGGAUGUGAGAUGUGCCUCCCCAGCUCACCUGCAGGACCGCAUCAUUGCCUAUCUGACAGAAGACGAGGUCAUCUCCACGUGCCAGUACUGGUACUGCAGCCUGGCUCUCCUCUCACAGAUCUGUCUCUUCAUCCUCCUUUUCCUCCAGGGUAUCUUGGUUAUCUUCAUCAUUGUCUACCUGCAGAAAUUUCGGAGAAUGACUGCUGAAGCCUGGAGCACCACCCGAGAACUGCACCAGAAUGUGGACACCUGGGUAUCUUCUCAACAGUGAUUAACAUCACAAGACUGAGGACCUUCCUCCCCUCGGGCGAUGCUGUGCCAAGGGCACGUGGCUUGUGAUAUCCAGAGGGGACAGUUCAUUGCAGCAUCUGAUCCUGACUGCAGUCCAAAGCAGGACUUGACCUGAUCAGACACUUGCUGUAUUUCCAAAGACCUGAUCUUGUGUUUAUUGACGCUUUAAACUCUUUAGCAUGAUCUUGAUUGCUUUGCUGAGCUGGGAGUGGUUCUGCUUUGGUAGACUAAGGAAAUCGUCAACUACAGCAACCAGAACUGACUCAAACUGCUCAUAAGCUCGUAGGGCCUGCGGUCCUGCCUAAGCUAGAGUAUUUGAGCUGUACUUUCCACAGUGCUUCUGGAUGCAUUGGGUCAGGUGAGGACAGAGGCGGACAGUGAGCAGUUAAGGGACUGGACUAGGAGAAUGGAGAAAUCCAGUUUCAUUGGUGCUGCCGCAGAUCGCCUUAGUAACUUUGGACAAGUGACACAGUCUCCUCCUGCCUCAGUUUCCCAUCAGUAAAAGGGAAAGGAUGCUGCUUCUUGCCUGAUGCAUCUUUUCCAGUGUUCUUCUGGGGGAGGGAGGGAAUGCUUAGAAGCCUACCCAUUUACCCUAUCUUCAUUCUUUUAAGCUACUUAUAGUUUUAAUACUGACUUCAACGUGCGCUGAGUCAGGCUGGGGCCCUGUUUAUGAGGAAUUCAGCAAAGCCAAGAGCCGUUGGGAGCAGAGGCCCUUCCCGGCCGUGUGUGUUCGGCACCUGGCACAAGGGAUCCGGUCUGAGAGGCUCCAGCUGCAAACCCCACUGCUGGUUACGAUGGCCCUUCGGUAUUUUUGGAAGGAAGCAGAACUGAAAUAAAGUAAU